CCAUCAACUAUAAAGAAACGGUGGAAAUGUUGGUAUAACUGGAAAAAUGCUACAUAGAACAUCUUCUUCUCGACGUCGUCGGGCAUCAAGAAGUGCUGCAACUUCACCGCAGACCAGGUCCCCAAGACCUUCUGCACAGUCUUCUCGACGAGCGUCUCUUGCAACUACCGAAACAGACGAUGAGAUUGAACCUCCACCUCCACAGAGGAGUCCUAGAGCCAGUCUUGCUCCAGACACGCCAUUUGACUCCUAUCAUCGAAGUCCAAGACAUUCCCUGGUCCCCGAAAGUAGGUCAGCCAGAAAUUCAAUCACACCUGAAACUGCAUUAGUGAGAAAUAGUUUGGCACCUUCUAGGAAUAAUUUAGGAGUAGAACAAGCAUAUGGAUCUCGUUUAAGUCUUAAUCCUCAAGAUUUUAAUCGAAGUCCUAGAAAUAGUAUAACACCUGACUUAGCAGCUAGAAGUCCAAGGAGAAGUUUAGUCCCAGAAGGAUCUUCAUGGAAUCAGCCAAGAAAUUCAUUGGUACCAGAUGUUGGUAGAAGCCCACGUCAUUCUGUUGCAAGUAUACAAAUUGAUCCAGCAAGAAAUCAAAAGGAAUUAGGUCCAAGUCAACGAACCAGCCCCAGAGGAAGCAUAGUUCCAGAUUCAACUUUAAGAAAAGAUUUUCCAGAAAUAAACAGAAGUCCAAGAGGUUCUUUGAUACCAGAUUCACAAAGAAGUCCGAGAGGCAGUAUUGCUCCAUCUGAAAGAAGUGCUAGAGGCAGCUUAGUCACGGGUGAUAUUGACACAGCAAGGAUCAGUCCCAGAGGAAGUUUGACGUUAACAUUUCAAGAGCCUUUAGUUUCUCGAGAGCGCCGAGCUAGUGAAGAUAGUCAAUGUGCUGGUAAUCGAGGGCGCAGUGUGUCACCUUACAAAGCGUCUCUUGGUGGCCGACAGAGUGGCACCGGGGCUUUAUCUGAUACUGGCUCUAGAAGGGCCUCCAGCUCCGUUAGCCAAGUAUCUGGCGAUGAACAACGCAGACUCUGUGGAGAACAGGCCAAAUACAGUGACCGAAGCGGCCUUGGCUUGGGAGUUGGUCUCACCACAUACGGUUCCGUCGCUUAUCAGCUGAAAGAUGCGAACAUGGAGGCUUCUGGCACCGUCGACUUUGUUUGCAGAGCCGCUAGGAUAAUGAAUAGAACAAUUGUAAUGACUGUCUUCUUGGCCUGUCUGUCGUCGCUGCCAGUUAUUAUGUUAAUCAUGGGGGUGCAGUACAUCCGUGACUGUCCUGCGGAACCUAGGAUUCCUGUUUAUAUGGUGGUGGGUGGGGCCGCUGGAGGUGCAGGUAUCUGCUGGUUAUUGUGGGCUCAGCUCGCGAGCCGCACCGUCAGUUCCACAGCCAGUGUGCCAGAAAGAAUCCUGGCCUAUACUCUUGCCGGAUUCCUUAUGGGAUGGUUCGCCUUCGGUAACUACUGGACUGUGGGUAUCAUGUGGCCGGACUACGCACCAACACUGUUUGAGCCUAACCAAUGGUGUCACAGGACUCUUUAUGUCUUUGCCAUAACACAGCUUGGAGUUGUAUGGGGUGUCAUUGCUCUUAUAUUAUUGCUGUUACUGGCCCUUGUUAUUUGCCAAGUAUUCGGCUGCGGCUGGCUCGGUCCGCCUAGAUACAAGUAGCAACGGCGUAGUGUCGUGCUAGAGCUGUGGCACCGCAACAUCAACAACACGAUGGACGUGGCCGGAGCCCUGCUACCCUUCACGCAAGUUGUUCGACCAGAACUGACUAUCCACGUACAGGAGGUCCUCACGCAAGCAGACAAAGACACUGAAACUAAGCUUAAGAUACCAGAAAUUAACGAACCGGACAACAGUGAUGACGUGAAUCCAAAAAGUCCCAAAAGUGAGGCAAAAAGUGGAUGCGUGAACGGUAAAAACGCUGGCCCGGCCUGAUGGUUGUUAGUCGUGCUGCCAUCACACGGCAAGAAGCACGUACACUUCGAAGCUGAUGAUGAGAUUUACUACUUCUGAGAGUUGAGUUCGUGUGCAACGCGAUCGGACCUUCUCUUUUGUGCCGCUUAAGACAUGUCAGUGUAAUGUAUGUGAUAAUAUUACAUUUAUAUUGUACUAAAUUGCUAAGAAACUUCGUUUGCUAACAUUAGACUUUAUUUGAAAACAACGAAUAUUUGUAGAAUAUAUGUGCAUGUUUGGGCAAUGAACUCUAUUAUUUAAAUUGUAAACAUAUCGACAAAAAUAUAUCGUAUUAGAUGGAAAUGUUAUUUUGUAUAUAAUAGUUUGUGAUGUGGUUAUAGAGAUCAAUAUUUAUUAUACAAUGUAUAUUUCUGUGUCGUUCAAAUUAUAGUGAAUGUCUAUUAUCUUAAGCAUUGAGAUAAGUAAUGUUUAAAUACAGCGAAAAGUAAGCUGACACAUUUUAAUAGAGUCAAAAUAGUACAGUCCAAAAUAAAUAAAUAAAUACAAAGUGCCAAAGAUUUAGUACAGAUGCUUUAGUGAAAACAUUAGUUAUCUCAAAGUUCAAAGAGAAAAAAAAUUACUGCGCGGAACAGGCUUUAAUAGAAAUUGAGGAGGAACAUUAAAUAUAGUUUAGAGUAUAAUUAUUGUAAUGGAAAGUAUUAAAUGUGCUUUAGAUAUUUGCACAAUUUAUUACGUUCCGUGUACUCUAUUAGGGUGCACGAUAAAAUGUAUACUAUUUCAAUAUCUUUAAGAUUUUCACUAAUAGUACCGUCUUAAAUAAAACAAUUUUUUUUUCUGACAUAAAUUACGCGUGUGAAUACUGUCAUAUAAAUAACUUUUAAGGACGUGACGAGGAUGACAGUUAUUGACACACACUAAUAAAUAAAGGUUAUUUAAAUUUCUUAUUCCUUUCAUAUUAUUGGGAAAAAUUUACCUAAAUGUAUUUCUUUGCCUGAACUUAUAUCCGUCCAUUUUAGUUCUUAUUACUUUGUGUUGACGACUUCACUCGCAUGACUUACUUUUUUUUUAAAUAUUGAAAUAGUUAUUUUAAAUAAAUUUCAAAAUACUAUCUACUUUCUUAAGGCAGCCCCCAAAUGAUUUUAUUUUGUAUAAAUUUAUAAUAAUUUAGAAGACACUAGUGCUGUACUUGUAGGUCUAUUAAUAGUGAGUAGUAUAUAGUUUAGUGAAACGGAAAUAUAACCUGUAGCCUUAAGGAUAAAAUAAACUAUUUAGAUUAGAUAUUGUAUAUAUAUUAUUUUUAAUAUUUUACUAAAUUAUGUGUAUUGAAUAGUGUUGUAGCAUGAAAUGAUCAAUUUAUAGAGGCGGCUAUCAAAUAGAAAAAAAAAUAACGGUAAACGCAUGUAGUCGAAUACGGAAAGACGUUUUCGUGAGAGAAAUUACUGUGACCAAAACUGUAUAGUAUGAUAAUUAAAAACCAUUUUAUUUCAAAAAUAAUUUUCAUGUAACACGAGUCAAAAUUUCGGAUCUAUUAAAUGUCGUCCCACAGAUAGACCAAUUUACUAAAGCUUUAUGAAAUAUUUACCCUUUUAUAUGAAAUUCGUACCAAAUUAUUCAGGGGGUAUAUGUUAUUGGUGCUUUAUUGUAUUGCUUUGUAAAUAAAAAAAAACUUUACUAAAAUUAUGUAAUUUUGUAGUUUUAAUAAUAUCAAGAAUAUAUAGAAAUAUACAUUCGACUUUAAAAAGGCUUCAGUUGGAGAUCAUUCAAUGCUAUUUCAAAAAAAAAUAUUCUCGUAAUAACUAUGUAGUAUUAUCAUAUAAUGUUUAAGUAUUACAAUUUUCUAAGCAUCUAUCUGAGAGCAUGCAACACCAACUAUAGGUACGUAAUGUAGCGGAGACUUUGAAGAUUGUAAUAUGUUAGUAAGAAACACUUCUCUUAUACAGCAGUACUGGAAUAGAAGAUUUAAAUAUAACUUACGUCUUGAAAUAUACGAACAUAGGAAAUAAUCUAGUUUGAUAUAUAAUUAUUCAAAAAUAGUACUUUAUAUAAACUUUUCGAUUGAACUGCCAUGUUAUAAGUUUUCUAACAGAAAUAAUAUAUAUAACAGAAACUUAUUUUUAAUCGAAGUUUAUAUUGAACAAGUGUUUAUUAUAAAAAACUAUUCACGGCUUAAAAAGAAUCUUGUUAUGAUUUAAAAUAUUUAGCAUUAUUUCCUUCUACAAUAGAUCUUUUUAAGAUACAUAAUUAUUUAGUUAGUAGAUAUAACAUUUGUAAACUUAGGAAUGUAGUUUUAAAGACUAUUAAAUGACUAUAAAGUCUUCAAUGUCUUUGUAAUUUAUACCAUAACUAGGUAAACGGUAAAAUAUUAAUGUAUCAAACGUAUGUAAUGACGCACCUCUUGUAUUAAACGAAACAAAUAAAUGUGUUUUUUUAAA